GUAGUCGAUACAUUCGUACAUAUGGAGAUAACAGGGCCGCUAAUAUCUUGAAAGAUGAUACUGGCCCUGCACUAUUUGAUAGCGGAAGUCCCAAUGUGUUGUAUUAUCAACGACCAAUUUUUAGCAUCUGA